GGAGAGAGACAAGCAGACAGCUCAGUGUUUGCUGGAGAUUCAGAGCUCCUCUGUGUCUGGAGAUCUCCUCUCUCUCUCUCUGAUCUGCUGGGUGCUGCACUGACACCGAUCAAUGAGUUGGGUUGUCACUAUGUAAGGAAGGACACCCUAUCCUCCUCUUAGCUCAGCACCCUGAAGGUUGUCACCCAGCUCAGCACCUCUCCCUGUGGACUAUCACAGACACCCUGCUGGACUAAAACUUCACCUCUGAGCUCCUCGCCUGCCUUGCAACUUCUUCAGUUGGAUUGUAUAAAGCAGAAUCUGGGAACACCAGAAUCCAGAGGAAGCAUACGGACCUCAAGAAUGUACCUGUAACCCCCCCCCACUUCUCUUCCGAGGGGAGAACUUGGAUAGUCACGUUGGACUGGCAAAGGUGACCUUUGGAAUCGAGCUCCUGGGAGGUCUGCAGGACAGAAGCCAGUGGUCCUGAUUGAUGUGAUUUCCCCCAACCUGAGGUCCGAUCGCUGAGAGAUUACCAGCUUUGUGAAGCAGGAAGACAGCCGGCAUGGAGGGCGAUAGCUUGAGCUGUGUGAAAUACCUCAUGUUCAUCUUUAACUUUUUUAUAUUUCUCGGUGGAACGUUCCUGCUCGGACUCGGGGUUUGGGUAAUCGUUGACCCCACCGGUUUCCGGGAAAUCAUAGCUGCAAACCCCCUGAUGUUCAUGGGGGCCUACCUGGUCCUGGCCAUGGGGGCCAUGUUGUUUCUUCUCGGCUUCCUGGGCUGCUGUGGAGCCAUCCGUGAGAACAAGUGCCUUCUGCUGUUUUUCUUCAUGUUCAUUCUGGUUAUAUUCCUGGCAGAACUCUCCGCCGCUAUUUUGGCGUUCCUGUUCAGGGAGAAUCUCACCAGAGACUUCUUCACCAAGGAGCUGAAGAAACAUUACCAGGGGAACAACAGUACCGACAUCUUCACCUCCACCUGGAACUCCGUCAUGGUCACUUUUGAAUGCUGUGGCGUGAACGGCCCUGAAGAUUUCGGGGAAACCUUGCACUUUAGGGCCCACUCUUACAAUGCGGUGCCCGAAGCUUGCUGCAGGAGGAACGUGCUAAGAAGAGAGGCGGAGAUCCUGAGCAAGGCAGAGUGCAUGUCGAGUAUUGACCUGAACAGACAGGGCUGCUAUUCCACAAUACUCAGCUCCUUGGAGCCUUAUGUAUACAUUGCUGGAGCGUUGACCAUCGGAGUCCUUGCUGUUGAGCUCUUCGCCAUGAUAUUCGCCAUGUGUUUGUUUCGAGGCAUCCAGUAGAGUGAGGAUUUCUGCAGUCUGCGUGCCAAACUGGGAGGGUCGCCCAACUCCCCUCCCCCCCUCCCCAUUCCAUCAAGACCACCAUCUUGCUUCAAAGCCUCCACUGCCAGAGACCCUUGCCUUUGCAUUGGGUCCUCCAACUGUGACAGUGUUACUGUGAACACUCAACAUUAGGAAAGGACUCCUUGAUUUAACAGCCUUCAGCAUCCGCACUUAGAGGAGGACCGCGUCACAACGCCAUCACUCUGCGGGAAAUAUUGCGGACUAAGCAUCGUCUGAUCAGCGCCACAAUUCAAAUUUUUGUAAAUAUUAGACUGGACCUAAUCGACCGCCAACACUGGACCAAGCUGCCGGGUCUUUGGGCUUAAGAAUUGUCACUAGAGAGUGACAGCGGAGUUCAGGGUAGUAAUACGCACUGUAUUUUUUUCCAAUCUACCAACAGAAACCGUCAGUUCCCAUGUCUGUAUCGUGUCUAAGAACUAAAUAGAAUGAUUUUCUUUUUUUU